UCCCCUCCCUGUAGGCCCCGCCUGCCUGCGUCUCCGACCUCCUGGUGACUCCCGCGCACGCUGAAGAUGGCGGCAGCUGUGGGCAGGUUGCUCCGGGGCUCGGUUGCUCGACAUGUGAAUGCCAUCCCUUGGAGCAUUUCUGCUCCUACAGCCCUUAGGCCUGCCACUUGUGGAAGAACGCAUUUGACAAACAUAUUGUGGUCUGGUUCUAGUCCAGCCUUUAGCACCAGUUCCUCAUACCACGCACCUGCUGUCACCCAGCAUGCACCCUAUUUUAAGGGUACAGCCGUUGUCAAUGGGGAGUUCAAAGACCUAAGCCUUGAUGACUUCAAGGGAAAAUAUUUGGUGCUUUUCUUCUAUCCUUUGGAUUUCACCUUUGUGUGUCCUACAGAAAUUGUUGCUUUCAGCGACAAAGCCAAUGAAUUUCAUGAUGUAAACUGUGAAGUUGUUGGAGUGUCAGUGGAUUCCCACUUUACGCAUCUUGCCUGGAUAAAUACACCAAGGAAGAAUGGUGGUUUGGGCCACAUGAACAUCGCACUCCUGUCAGAUUUAACUAAACAAAUUUCCCGGGACUACGGUGUGCUGUUAGAAGGUCCUGGUCUUGCACUAAGAGGUCUCUUCAUAAUUGAUCCCAAUGGAGUCAUCAAGCAUUUGAGUGUCAAUGAUCUCCCAGUGGGCCGAAGUGUGGAAGAGACUCUCCGUUUGGUGAAGGCGUUUCAGUUUGUAGAAGCCCAUGGCGAAGUCUGCCCAGCAAACUGGACACCGGAUUCUCCUACAAUCAAGCCAAAUCCGACUGCUUCCAAAGAGUACUUUGAGAAGGUAAAUCAGUAGAUCACCCCAUGUGUACCUUCUCAUGCAAGAGUAGAAGCACAGUUGGAACCUGCUUUUAGCAUUUCAGAGAUGAACCAAUUAUGCUUGUAUUCAUAAAUAUUUCCCUAACUAUUUUGUUUUUGUAAUGCUGGCUAAAGCUUUUAAAAUGUGGUUAGUUGCUAAUAUGAAGAGUUCUUUAUUGGUAGCAUCUUGAUGGCUAACUAGGUAGUUUCUACAGAAUGUUUAGUUGAGAUCUUGUCUUUAAAGGAUAAAGGAAAUGCUCUUUUUUCUUAGCCUUACUUAAACCUUUGUCUUCACCAAAGUAGUACAACAAGCUUUGCAAGCUUCUGAUCAAGGGUCCUGAAAUUUUCUCUUUGAAUUUCUUUGUAUUACAUGGAAUCAUCUUUUAAGGUAAUGAAAGUCACAGUUUAGGGCGGUGCCUGUGGCUCAGUCGGUAAGACGCCAGCCCCAUAUACCGAGGGUGGCGGGUUCAAACCCAGUCUCGGCUGAACUGCAACCAAAAAAUAGCUGGGUGUUGUGGCGGGCGCCUGUAGUCCCAGCUACUCGGGAGGCCGAGGCAAGAGAAUCGCUUAAGCCCAGGAGUUGGAGGUUGCUGUGAGCUGUGUGAUGCCACGGCACUCUACCGAGGGCCAUAAAGUGAGACUCUGUCUCUACAAAAAAAAAAAAGUCACAGUUUAAGUCAUUCACAUCAACAGUCUAAUUUAACUCUCGCAAUGAUGUAUGUGUGAUUGAAACAAAUGUGAAUCAUGUUAUUAAAAAACCACAGCAACAAAGUGACUUAACUGAUCAUGUGGGAUCCUCAUCCCUGAGAUUAAUAGUUCACAUAGUCAUUUUACUGAUUUUAUUCAUUAACUAACUUAGUGUCUACCUAUGUUUCUAAGUAUUGAUUAGGUGUGAUAUAAAGGUAUUUAUUGAAUCCAGAGAUUGCAUUUUGAAAUUAUUAUAAUUCUUUUCUUUCUUGAAAUGUUCAUUGUAAAAUAUAUAAUAAAAACAAUUUGCAUUUCAACACUA